AUGGCGCCCCAAAAGCCUGCUGCCAACGAUACGGCUCCAAAAGCGAAGAAGACUCCUACUGACAAGCAGAGCAAAGACAAGGUUGUGAAGAGGCGUGCGCGCGGAUACCACACCUUCAGGAAUGGCAUGCUUAACGUCACACCCAAGGGCGGAGAUGUCAAAGCCAACCAGCAGUCGCCUCUACUUCGUCUCCCGCCCGAGAUUCGCAACAUGAUAUGGGAGCUCGUGCUUGCCGGAAGAGUGUGCACACUGGAUUACGACAAAGCCGGCCAUGUUUCCAUGUCCUCGCCAAAGGCUCCCACUGGGAUUUCUCUUUUACGAGUAUGCCGUCAGAUCUAUGCAGAAGCAGCCAAUAUUCCACUGCAACAGAACACGUCCUCCUUCUCGACGUGUUACAACAUACAUAAAUGGUUUGUAGUUCUCAACAAGGGCCAACGCAACCAGGUUACUUCCCUCCGAUUUGAGGAUAAACUCGUAAAAGAUUUUUCAGACUUUGUAUACUCCAUGACCUAUCUGGUAUAA